AUGGAGAAUGCACUUCCUUAUGUUGGGAUGGUGAUUUCACAGUUUGCGCAGGUGGGGACUAUGAUUGUGAGCAAAGAAGCCUUAUUAGAUGGGAUGUCAACCUACACCUUGACUUUCUAUUCAAGUGUUAUUUCUUCAUUCAUCCUUCUUCCACCCUCCUUUCUCCUUUACAGAUUCAGCAGAACCACCCGUCUUGCGCUCUGCUAUGAUUUCUUCUGGUCCUGUUUCUUAAUUGGUGUACUCGGAUUUCUGAUGAAGAUAACUGCAAUGGCUGGGAUUUUAUAUGCAUCACCAUCUCUUUGUUCAGCAAUCCUCAACCUCAUCCCCGGGUUUACUUUUGUACUUGCUGUUCUAUUCAGGAUGGAAAUACUGGACUUCAGAAGUUUCAGCAGCCUGGCCAAAACCAUUGGGACUGUUGUGGCAAUCACAGGUGCUAUAGUUGCGACCUUUUAUCAAGGUCCCCCGCUUUUGUCGACCUUGUCAAGUCCGAAUCUUGCUGUUCAUUUUCUUCUUCAUCAGUCAUCAAAUUGGGUCCUAGGAGGAAUUCUUUGUGGAAUUUUCGCGAUGGUAGCUUCUGUGCUUAUCAUGACACAGGCAUUUGUCCUUAGGAAGUAUCCAGUGGAGUUGAUCAUAAUGUUCUGUUAUGGCUGCUUUCUGGCUCUUCUUUCUCUAACAGCUUCUCUAGUCAUGGACAAAGACUUCAGUACUUGGAGCUUGAAUUCUAAAUCAAGUUUAAUAGGUUCCAUAGUCAUAGUCAUUGGGUUUUACUCUGUGAUGUGGGGAAAAGCCAAAGAAAGUUAUCUGGUUGAUCCCAAUGUGGUUAGUUGCCUGGAAUCAGGAAGCGAAAAGGCUCCUCUUCUGAGUUCCAAGGAUGAAACUGAACCAUAA